AUGGCAUAUUUGCGAAAGUUCCCAGUUUGUUUGAGGGCGUGUGUCCGCCACAGCCAUCAGCAGUCGAUCAGUCGCAACAAAGUGUCGCCCGGAGCCCAGUUUCGUCGGGCCCUGGUAAACGCUCCCCCGACGGAAGUGACGACCCUCGAGAACGGACUGCGGAUUGCCAGUGAAGACUGCGGCUCGACGACGGCCACCGUCGGUUUGUGGAUCGAUGCUGGGUCACGUGCCGAGAACGACGCUAACAACGGAGUCGCACACUUUCUUGAGCACAUGGCCUUCAAGGGUACGGCCAAGCGAUCCCAAACCGACAUUGAGCUCGAAGUGGAAAACAUGGGCGCUCAUCUGAACGGUUACACGUCUCGCGAACAGACUGUGUUCUACGCCAAGUGCCUUUCGAAGGACGUUCCGAACGCGGUCGAGCUGCUGUCGGAUAUCGUCCAGCACCCAAUGCUGGGCUUGGCUGAAAUUGAGCGCGAGCGGGAGGUGAUUUUGCGCGAGAUGCAGGAGGUGGAGAGUAACCUCCAGGAGGUGGUGUUCGAUCAUCUGCAUGCUACCGCCUACCAGGGUACUCCACUCGGCAACACCAUUCUCGGUCCGACGAAGAACAUUCAGUCGAUUGGAAGGGUGGACCUGCAGAACUACAUCCGUAGGUACUACAAGGCUCCACGUAUCGUGUUGGCCGCGUCGGGUGGUGUGCGUCACGACGAACUCGUCCAGCUUGCCGAUCGGUGGUUUACUGAGGUGAGCCCAGCCGUCGACGGCAACGGUCCUCUGCCGGAAGCGUGCCGUUUCACUGGCUCCGAGGUUCGGGUACGGGAUGACUCGUUACCCCAGGCGCACGUUGCCAUCGCCGUCGAGGGAUGCGGUUGGACCGAUCAGGACAAUGUUCCACUGAUGGUGGCGAACACGCUGAUCGGCACCUGGGAUCGUUCUCAGGCAAGCGGUCACAAUAGUGCAUCGAAGCUUGCCGUAGCUUCCGCCACAGAUGGUCUCUGCCACAGCUACCAGUCGUUCAACACCUGCUACAAAGACACCGGCCUGUGGGGAAUCUACUUCGUAUGCGAUCCACUGAUGUGCGAGGACAUGCUAUUCAACGUACAAAAGGAAUGGAUGCGCCUCUGCACGAUGGUUACCGAGAGUGAGGUGGAGCGCGCCAAAAACCAGCUCAAAACGAACAUGCUUCUACAGCUGGACGGAACCACGCCGAUCUGUGAGGACAUUGGUCGGCAAAUGCUCUGCUACAACCGGCGAGUUCCGCUGCAUGAGCUGGAGCGAAGAAUCGAUAGCGUCUCAGCCGAGAAUGUUCGCGACGUUGCGAUGAAAUACAUCUAUGAUCGUUGUCCGGCCGUUGCUGCCGUUGGGCCGGUCGAGAACUUGCCCGACUAUAUGCGCAUUCGGCCAUCGAUGUACUGGACUCGCCUGUGAGCCGAUACUAAAGCUGUUUAAAUUCUUUUUCCCAAUCUAUGCGUCUAUAAAUGUGUCUUCUCAACAACGCCAUUGAUAUAAAGAUAACUUACAUUCAAUAAAAUGCCACAAAUAUUAAACGACUAAAAAGAGGAGGGGAAAAGUUAAAGGCCAAAGCAUAUAGUUAAGAUACGCUGUUAACUGUUACAAGGGCUCGUCUGGUUUUCGACACAGACCCCGACUAGUCCUGCUACUGGGUUUCAGAGUGAGUUGCACAGAGUUUAUGCGUUUGUCGGUGUGCGCACUCACGACGUUAGUGGGAGCUUAGGCGAAGGAAAGUUCUCGUGGUCAAGUCAAUGUUUAACAAGAAAAUCAUGUAUACAUCCUUGAAUAAAUGUA